AUGACAAACAUGUUAGUGCAUCUAAAAGCUUCCUUUGGCCGCUACAUUUUCGACUGGACUCGUGCCAUCGGAGAAGCAGCAGUAUUUCUCCCCUACACCCCCAGCAUGAAUCCGAUGAAUGGUCCUGCGGCAGUGCCUUCUAUCUGGCAGGAGGCUCGCAAUGCCGAUGGAAGGCCAUACUACUACAAUGUCCAGACUAAGGCCACGCAAUGGGCUAAGCCUCUCGAGCUGAUGACACCCGUGGAGCGAGCUCUGUCGAAUCAACCAUGGAAGGAAUAUACGACAGAAAGCGGACGGAAAUAUUGGUACCACACAGAGUCCAAGCAAAGCACUUGGGAGAUGCCAGAUGUUUACAAAGAUGCUUUGGGACAGGCCCAAACAUCCCAGCCUCCCCCAGCAGCGGCCCCAACAUUCGUUGCGGGAGGCGUGAGCUCAAUGACGUCGUAUACACCGCAGCGUGAGCGCGAUGACUACGACCGGGGAUACGGUGACCGACGUGGUGGCUAUGGCUCAACUGAUACAAACGGAUUUAUUGCUACUUCAUUACCUGGCGCCGCCCAAGCGGAGCCCGAGUAUGGCUCGUUUGAAGAGGCGGAGGGUGCGUUCAUGAAAAUGCUUAAACGCCACAGCGUGCAACCCGACUGGUCCUGGGAGCAGACUAUGCGUACGGUCAUCAAGGAUCCUCAGUAUAGGGCUCUGAAGGAUCCCAGAGACCGCAAAGCAGCCUUUGAGAAAUAUGCGAUCGAGGUUCGCAUGCAGGAAAAGGACCGAGCGAAAGAAAGAUUCGCUAAGCUCAGAGCAGAUUUCAACACAAUGCUGAAACGUCAUCCUGAAAUCAAACACUACAGUCGCUGGAAGACUAUCAGGCCAAUCAUUGAGGGGGAGACCAUCUUCCGGUCUACAAACGAUGAAAACGAGAGACGCCAGCUUUUCGAGGAGUACAUCCUGGAGCUCAAGAAAGAGCACGUUGAACAGGAAGCUGCCAGGCGCAAAGCCGCAAUGGAUGAACUGGUGACCAUUUUGAACUCGUUGGAUCUGGAGCCAUAUACGCGCUGGUCUGAGGCACAGGCCAUUAUUCAGUCAAACGAUAAGGUCCAAAACGAUGAUAAGUUCAAGACCUUGAGCAAGUCCGAUAUCCUGACUGCAUUCGAGAACCAUAUCAAAUCGCUUGAGCGAGAAUUCAAUGAUGCGCGUCAGCAGCAAAAAGCGGCCAAGGCAAGAAAGGAACGCCAUGCUCGUGAGCAAUUUCUUGAAUUGUUGAAAGAGCUACGAACACAGGGCAAAAUCAAGGCCGGCAGCAAAUGGAAUAGCAUCUAUCCAAUAAUUCAUGAGGAUCCCCGUUACCAAGGGAUUCUUGGGAACUCUGGAUCGUCUCCCUUGGACCUCUUCUGGGACAUGGUCGAGGAAGAGGAAAGAACCCUUCGAGGACCACGAAAUGAUGUUUUGGACGUUCUUGAUGACAAACGCUACGAAGUGACGCCCAAGACUACUUUUGAGGAGUUCAACGCCGCUGUACUUGGCGAUCGCCGAACUGCCAACCUGGACCCCGAGAUUCUCCAACUGCUAUUCAAGCGCAUUCAGGACAAAGCUAUUCGUAGAAACGAGGAAGAGAAGCAUGCGGCGGAUCGCCAUCAGCGGCGCGCUAUUGAUGCUUUGCGCUCCCGGAUCAAGCGUCUGGAUCCUCCUGUGCGGACUGCUGAUACCUGGGAUCAAGUGCGGCCCAGGCUGGAGAAGUUUGAGGAGUACAAAGCUAUCGAAUCUGAUGAAAUUCGUCAGGCGGCCUUCGACAAGUUUGUACGCCGUCUGAAAGAGAAAGAAGAGGAUAUUGAGCGAGACCGCGACUCGCGUGACAAGGAUCGUGGAAGCCGUCGAGACCACGAUCGCAGCGACCGUGAUUACCGUAGCGGAGUAUCCUACAGAGGCGAAAGAAGAGGGGCUUCCAGUCGGCAUAGCCGCACCCCCGAACCCGACGCCUACGAAGCGGAUCGCCGCAAAGCCCAGGCAGACCGAGAGCGAUCCUACCGCAAAGCCAGCGGGCUUUCGCCCGUUCGAGAAAGGCGGGAGGAGCGUGAUAGGGAGAGAGACCGUGAUAGGGAUCGUUACCAUGAACGCGACCGCGAGUGGGAUCGGGAACGGGAACGGGAACGAAGCUCCCGCUCCCUCAGCCAUUAUGGCCGUGACCGCCGUGAGCGGGAAGAUGAACGCGAGAGACUCUAUCGCGCCCGUGGAGAUCCACGUGGCAGUCGAGAUGAACUUGAUUACGGUGCCGACACACGAAGCACAAUCAGCAACGAUCGCCGGCGUAGACGGGAUAGCGAUGCAGAAAGUGUCACUAGUCGUUCUACUAAGCGACAUCGACGCGACAGUCGUGAGCGAGAGCGCAGCCACGGAGCAAGACGAGAGAGGGACCGCCACGAGCGUACUCCGGCCGUAGAUGAAACGAAGAAAGAAGAGAAGGCUGUACAUUCUGGUAGCGAAGAAGGAGAGAUUGAAGAGGACUAA